CUCGGUGCUGACAUUUCAGUUGGAACCGGAGCCUGUGCCGCUGUUGCUGCCGCCGCCUGUGAUCAUGGUUACCGUGUCCUCGUUCCUUGCUGUUUUCACCGCCACCUUCUCCCUCUGCAGUGUCCGUUUCAUCUAGCGAGAGGUGGCACUUGCAAUUAUGGAGGCUUAAGCAAGAAAGGAGUUGUGGGGAGCUUCCCUUCCCUCCCCCCUCUGGUGGCUGACUUUGGAUGAAUGAUAUUCAGGAGAGUGUGGAUGUUUUGACUGGAAACUUACAAAAAUGUUUAUUUUCCAUAGUAAUAUUACAAUUAAAUUUCUAUUUUUGUCUAUUUAAUUGCAAGAAAGUGCCAUAUUAUAGAUAGUAUUUUAUAUCUUCGAGGAACCAUCCUCUUACAAAACCAGCGCUGCUGUUAUGUACUGAACUAAUGUAACGAAGGAUACAAGAUUGCUAGAGUGCAGUGUUUUUAUAACACCAGCACAAAUCUAGCGCUUUAAUGGUACAGCUUCCAGACAAUUAAGUUACAUAGUCCUCCUUGGAGUUUACGACAUUUUGAAGACCUGGAAGUGGGCAGAAGAUGAAUUCUGUGAUGGCAGACUGCACUCCAAAGUGCCGCUCUCUGCAGCAUGCCCUUGACAUGAUUUCAGUGUUGACUAAGGGAACUGAAAGUCAGAGUAAAGCCUUCCUUUCACUGUAUUGCUACAAUGCAACUUCCCUGAAAGAUGGCUUUGGCAGAACAGUUCUACACAUGGCUGCAUCUUGUGGCAAAAAAUCUGUUUUGGAUUGGCUCCUCGAAAAGAAAGGGGCUGACCCUUCAGUGAAAGAUAAGGAAUCUGGAUGGACAGCUCUGCACAGAAGCAUCUUCUAUGGACACGUUGAUUGUUCUGUGUUUCUUCUCAAGCAUGGAAGUAAUCUUCAUAUACAAGAUAAAGAAGGGUUAUCUACACUUGACUUGGCCAUGAAAGAUAGACCAUCACAUGUGGUUUAUAGAAAGACUGAUCCCACUGAAGUUUAUACCUGGGGUAACAACACUAAUUUUACCCUUGGUCAUGGAAGCCAACAAAGCAAGCAUCAUCCUGAGCUUGUGGACUACUUCUCUAGGUCAGGGACCUACAUCAAGGAGGUUCUGCUUUGCAAAUUUCAUUCAGUAUUCCUUUCACAAAAAGGUCAUGUGUAUACCUGUGGCCACGGCCAAGGAGGUCGACUUGGGCAUGGAGAUGAGCAAACAUACCUUGUUCCUCGACUGGUGGAAAGUUUAGCAAGCCAUCGUUGUUCUCAGGUGGCAGCUGCAAAGGACCAUACAGUUGUUUUGACAGAAGAUGGAUCUGUUUAUGCUUUUGGACUGAACACUUAUUAUCAGUUGGGCAUUGUACCUCCACCAGUCAACAGUAGUAUACCAAGGCAGGUACAGUCCAAAACCCUUAAAGGAAGAACUGUGAUUGGAGUUGCUGUGGGCAGGUUUCACACUGUUCUGUGGACAAGGGAAGCUGUAUAUACCAUGGGUCUGAAUGGUGGCCAGCUUGGUUACUUAAUGGAUCCUAAUGGGGAACGAUGUGUGCUUGCACCUCGACAAGUAUCAGCUUUGCAUCAUAAGGACAUAGUGAUCUCUCUCGUAGCUGCAAGUGAUGGGGCCACAGUGUGUGUUACGGAAAAGGGAGAUGUUUAUCUGUUAACAGGCUAUCAAUGCAAGAAAAUUGCUUCCAGGCAGUUAAACUUGAAGAAAAUUCUUGUUACUGGUGGACACCUGGAUCAUAAAGUUGACCCUCAAGUACUUAACGAAGGAGGAGGUGAAAAGGUUUGCAUACUUGGCCUUAAUGAAUCUGGCACAGUGUUUUGUUGGCGAUCUUCAAGCUGCAUAAUUAAACAGUGUCGGUGGGCUUAUGGCCGUCAAGUCUUCGUGUCAGACAUUGCUUUGAGCAAGCAUGAAAUGAUGUUUGUAACACAAGAUGGUGAAGGGUUUACAGGACACUGGGCAGGAGGAGAAAAAACAAAUUUGGAAAGGAAAGAGGAAUUGUCCAAUGCUCUGCAAAACACUUUGGAUCAUUUUGUUAACACAAUUGGAAUGAACAACAGCUUGUAUGAACGGAUUAGACUUGAAAAGCUUCCUUGUGUUCAUCGUGCCGUUUCUGUUACCAUGGAUAUGAAUGGGCGCAACUUUGCUAUUCUACAAUCUGACCCUAAAACUAGCUUGUAUGAAAUUCCAAACGUGUCUUCCUCCAGCUUUAAUGAAGACUUUGGCAAACUACUCAGGGAAGCCACUGAAACUGACAGUAUCCACAAUGUCACAUGUCAAGUUGGCAAUCAGGUUUUUCCCAGCCACAGGUAUAUUCUGGCCAUGCGAUCAGACUACUUUCGGAAGCUUUUCUUUCCUGAUGAAGAACGUGUUGACAUGCCUGAUAUCCGUCGACAGGAAGGUGAUACAAUGGGAUGUGACUUGUACAUUCUGGAUAAGAUUCAAGCUGACAUGUUUGCCUAUAUUUUACAAUUUAUAUAUACAGAUACUUGUGACUUGCUAACUGAAGGCUACAAACCAAAAAUCCAUUGCACAGAUAAAAUAUUAACUUAUCAAGAUCCUUUAAUAUCCAACAUGGAAGAAUCUAUGCAGAAUUUCAGCUUUUGUGAAGAAGUGAAAGGGAAAUCUGCAUUUGAAGUUUAUGAAAAUUUGCCAUGUAAAAAAUCAAAAACCAAAAGUAAAAGCAACAAAAAAAGCAGAGGGCUUAAUGAGGAGGCUAAUCCAAUUAAAAUGCUGCAGGUUAUGGCAAAAAAGCUUGGUCUUGCCAGUCUCUCUGCAAGAUUAGAAGGGGUCAGAUUGGAAAAUUGGAAGAUAAAAAUUGUACAUAAGAAAGGUGGAAACAAACUGAAGUUUAACCGAAAGAAAUGUUCAUAUUUGCGUGAUGUAACUUUGAGAUCUAAAGAUGGAAAAGAAUUUGACUGCCACAAAUGUGUGCUAUGUGCAAGACUAGAAUACUUCCACAAAAUGCUGAGUAAUGCCUGGAUUGAGGCGACUUGUUGCACAGCUUUGGAAAUGCCCAUUCAUUCUGACAUUUUGGAGGUUAUUUUGGAUUAUAUUUACACCGAUGAAGCACCAAUUGUUAAAGAAUCAUCAGAUGUGGAAUUUAUCUGUAAUGUACUCGUGGUUGCUGAUCAGCUUCUUAUCAAUCGUCUAAAGGAGAUUUGUGAAGUGGCUAUUACAGAAAAAUUAACUUUAAAAAAUGCUUCAGAACUUUUGGAGUUUGCUACGAUGUACAACGCUGAACAGUUAAAACUGUCCUGUCUACAAUUCAUAGGUAUAAAUAUGGCAGCUCUGCUUGAAGCAAGAUCUCUGGACAUUCUCAGUGAUGAAGUACUGAAGGAGCUCUCAGUUGCUUAUAGGAAUAUGAUUCCAGCCAUGCAGAAAAGGAUUAUCACUCCUUAUCCAGGUGGCCCAGACAUCAGGUUCCUGAGCGAGGAGAUUGAUGAUCACUCCUUAGCCAGUAUAAUCGAAUUAGACUUUGAGUCAUCUUCCAAAGAAACACUUUUCAAAAAGGCAAAAGUAAAGGCUAAAAAGAAGCAGAGACGGCGUUCUGACAGUUCAGGCGGAUACCAUUUAUCGGAUCUCAUUCAGAGCACAACUUCAACAGAUUUACAAAGACCAGCAAAAACUAAUUCAGUAGAAUCCCUGCAUGAGAUGUUGAUGUCUGAUUCUGAAGGCAGCUAUGCUGGUGGAGUAGCCAGCCCCAGAGAAUUAGCUUCACCUGAUUUUUCAGCUGGACUCUCUCAAGAGAAAUCUGAGAUUGAUGAAAAGAGCCAUGUUUCUGAGAUGAAAAAUCCAACUGAAGAGGUAAAAAUGCAUGAGAAAAUAUGGACUCCUAAGGGACAGUCAAAUCCAAAACCCAUUCCUCGAUCCAAUUCUGGAAGUGUUACAGGCUGGGUAACCAAUUCUGUCAGUCCUACGAGUCCUCCCACUGUAGGCUUACGAGCUAUCAUGGAAAUGGAAGAAAAUAUGCAAAAAUGUGAAACUGCACCAAAGACUAAUGCAAGUGGGAAUAAAUCGUUAUGCCAUGGAGUGAAGCUUUCUCAGAAACAAAGGAAGAUGAUUGCAAUGGCAGCUAAGGAACCAAGCACAAACUGCAGAAUGGACACCACACCUAUGAAAUUAAAUUUGCCUCCACCAUUAACCCCAUCAAAGACAGGAAGUGCUUGGGUAACUCCUUUCAAUGACGUUGCUUCCCCUAAAUCAUUCCGUGAACUACUGAUGCAAGAAAAGUCAACAGAAAGAGCAAGCGACUCCCUGUCUUCCGGCUCACUGGAUAAUAAAUCUAAACAACAAGAACAACCGAACAAUAAACAUGAACAACCUACCAGUCCUUGGUUAAUGACAGUUGCUAGAAGCCCACCGGCAAUACCUCCAAUCACAUUUGCGGCAAUAGUGGAGGAGGAGCGUAAGCAAGAAGCUGCACUUCUGAAGAGCAGAGAGAAACCAUUAGCUUUGAUUCAGAUUGAGGAGUGUGCUAUCCAGGAAUUACUAAUCUACUAUCAAGCCAGUAACAAUCCUGAGGAGUUUAUUAUAAUCGAUAGAUCACCACAAGGGCCCAUAGCAACCCCAAUAUGGAGUAAACAUUGAUUCUUUUAGCUCAACAGUCAACAAUAACAAUGUUUUGAAAUUAAGUUGGUCAGGGUUUACUCAAUGCUAAAUUAGUAGUAGAGAAUUCUUCCAAGUAAAAUGAACAGAUGUUUGGGGAGCAGAAGCUGAAGUCCUGAUUGGGGUCAGCUAGAAAAUAUAGGUAUUAUUAAAAUCACAAUUACUUCAACUAGCAACGACAUUUUUUUAAGUACCAGGGAGAGGAGUAUUUAUCUGUUGUGCUUUAGACUUUGUCCUUGUGGGUUUUUUUUUUUCGUUUUGUGCAAGUUGCAACACAUUACAUGGAUUAAAUAGAUAGAGAACAAACCAGUUUAAUUCACAAAUUUUGCGGGGUUGUUGCAAGAAGAUGUGAUGAUCAGAACCUUGUUCACAAAGAGGAAAAGAAAUCAACCAUCUUGAUAUUUAAAAUGCAAGUAGUGGUGGUGGCUUAGAAACAAGUUGACGAUUGUCUGAAGUGGAGUCUCAUUAAAGCCACACUGGAAGAAAUGUCAUUUAAUAGUCCUACAAUGACACUACUGUUGACUCAUUUUUAAACUCUCCAUCUACUGAGGGUUAGCAGUGUUUGCUGAUUUUGGAGUACUGCAGUUCAUGACCCAGAUGAAAUAUUAACUUAAACUGUCAUUCAUAGACUUGUAGUAAUGUCAAAAGUAAUGAGGAAGAUUCAAUUUAUUAUCCAGAAGCAUGUAAUCUCCAGAAAAUCAGUACUUUCUUUAUACAGCUAAACCAAGGCUAAUGGUUACACCAGAUUGUUCUUUCCCUCUGUUAUUUCUAAAAUACAUUUAGUUUCAACUCCAAUCAAUGGCCACUAGCACCAAAGUUGUCACCUUCAUUUUUGGUCUGGCUCCAGGUAAGUUGGUAGUCUCACCUGUGGACAAAUCUUAGGUGGUAGGCCUUAACGUGACCAGCAUGGUUGCUGUUUAUACUUUGCAGUGGUGAAAAUAGUGAGUGUAAGUUCGAAAUGAAAGUCCCCUCUUGAACAAUUGUGAUACUGCAAGCAGUGGUCGCUUUGCUUUUUUUAAAAAAAAACUUAACCGGCUUGGAUUGCAAUUGGAUCCAUCCCUGCUAACUAUCAUAAGUUGAGAUAUUGUUUCAGUGCAGCUCAAAUAUUUGUUGGUUUUAUAACAAAAUAAUUCUGUGCAUGAAUCAGAGAGAAACCUCUUGAGCAUUCUUUUAUUGCUAGUGCACAGUUAAAGGUUUGAACUUGUACUGUCACUAGUCGAUUUAAACAUAACGCAAACUGCUAGAUUUAUUUUUUUAGGUGUAGUGCCUAGCUUGCUAUGUACAUUAUUUGAAACUGCAUGAUAUUUGUGCAUUUGCUUGAAAGGCUUUAUUGUAGCUGUGAUUGGGCAAUGUUGGUCCUGCAUGAUUUGUAUGCAUUUGCACAACUGAGAAUGGAACUGUUGACUUUUCUGUACCCUUGCAAAGCUGGUGACUGAUUUUGGGCCGAGCAAGUAAAAGGUCUGUUACUUCUAAUGGAUAACUUGGCAAGUUAAACAUAAUCAUUUGAAAGCAGUGUCACCAUGUAAAAGAUAAAUUGGGGAAAUGGGCAAACAAAAGUAAUACUUAAGAUGCAGUGUACAUGAUCCUUCGUUGUUUAAAAGAAAAUAUUUUCAUGUUCAUGGAGUUUAGCCAUGACUGGUAGCAAGCUGGAAAAAAUGAAAGCAAUAAAUGUGUAUUUGACUUGAA